UUCAAUGCUAAACCUUAUGUUUAAUUGUUUGUUUACGCUGCUUAUGUAUUGUUAAUCAUAUUAUGUAUCCUAUGCUGUCAGCACCAAUUUGUGCUGCUGGCGAGUAUCGAUGUGAGGGAACGAACAUGUGUAUCCCGCAGAAAGACAUCUGUAACGGAGAUGUUGACUGCCCUUGGCGAGAUGACGCGCAGUUCUGUCCCGAGUGCCCGGAUCUGUGUUUCGGCAACAUUAGAUGUCCCAAUAGCCUGAAUUGUCUCUCCAUCCAGGAGGUGUGUAGUGCUAACCCUUUCGGCGCCGUCGGUUGCACCAACCAAAUAACCGACCUGUUCAACAAUGAGUGUGGCAUUGUUUAAAUUGUUGAAGAACCCCAGACCCAGGGUAGUGAUGUUAUUAUGAAUGCAUUUUAAGAUUAUACUCACUUCUUCGGUUAAAUUCUUGUGUUUUGUCUGUGUACUUGCACGUGUAGUUCUGAUA